AUGGCGGGUAACAGUAAGCUAAUUGGAGCGAGAGAUUUUUCGAAUGAAAAUGAGAUACCAUUGGAUGAGAUUGGCUAUGGCACGCACACUCCUAGCAUUGUUGCAGGGAAUUUUGUGCUAGGUGCGAAUUUGUUUGGCAAUGCAAAAGGCACGGCCGUAGGGAUAGCGUCGCUUGCUCACUUGGCUAUGUAUAAAAUUAAGACAAGUACCUAUUCAGAAUUUGACACUAGGCGGGAAAUGAACGUUUUGGGUGCAAUAGGAGCUGCAGUUGAUGAUGGGGUGGAUGUGAUUUCUCUUUCCGUUGGCAGCUUGACUACAGACUCUUUCAUAGACAGUAUCGCAAUUGGUGCAUUUCAAGCAAUUGAAAAGGGCAUUUUUGUGUGCGUCGCUGCUGGAAAUGAUGGGACAGAUUUAUGUACUGUACAAAAUACUGCUAUGUGGAUACUCACUGUGGGUGCAAGUACUAUUGACAGAAAGAGUAGAGCAACUGUUGUGUUGGGAAACAACUCAACGCUAGAUGGAGAGUCGGCUUUUCAGCCUAUGGAUUUCACUCCAAUGCAAUUAUCUCUCGUCUACCUUGAAUCGACUGCUAGUAACCAAUUUUUCAUACUAGCAUCUCUUGCAAACAUCAAUGUCAGAGGGAAAAUAGCGUUGUGUGAAACAGGUAGCAUAGAAAGAAUUGAGACAGGUCAAGCAAUAAGGAACGCUGGUUGCGUUGCCGUGAUUUUCAUGAACAAGGAACUCGAAGGCUACAACAUAAAUUUAAAUGCUCAUUGUUAUCCUGCAGUUUGUAUCAGUUAUGCCGAUGGACUAAAAGUGACAGCGUACAUUAAUUCAACGGCUACUCCGAGAGCUUCAAUGUCAUUCGAAGGAACUAUUAUUAGAGAUGAUCAGGCUUCAUCAGUUGCUUAUUUUUCAGGCAGGGUCCAAAUCCGUUAA